AGCAGUUAAAACUCUCCUAGCUGAAUGCAAGGAUAGUUCACGAAAAAAAAAAUAUGCUCCAUAGAUUUCACAUAUUAUGUUACUGAAACUCGACGUCCUUUCUUCGACUACGAUCAAAAGAAAGAAACCGUGGCCGACUUUGUCUUGGCUUGGCAAGGAUGUUGGAGAUCUGUACCUGUUUGACUCACGCCGCCUCAGUCAACUGUAUUUGCCUUCAGGAAAAACAAGGAAAAAAAUUCCUGCAAUACAAAAUUAUCUGGACGAUGUGCAAGGCUUCGGAAUCUCAGCUAAUGGUUUUUUCGUGGCUGGAGCAUUAAAUUCAGGCAAAGUCUUUAUCUGGAACAAAAAAUUAGGAACAGUCAAGUUGACAGCUGUGUUGGACAAGAUAAGAAAUGUGCAGCCUGGAACAAGACAAACCAGCCCUCGGCUGUACAUUUCAGACUGUGGCAAAAAAGUUGUUCUUCUGUCUGGAUUUCGUCACAUUUUUCUUUGGGAAACACAGAACAACAAUGAUCUUGUGAACAGUACUGGUGCAGUUGGAGACAUCUUGCGAGGCACAUGGCAUCAGAUUCAGUGUGGAGGUUAUGUUCUUCCUCAUGAAAAGGACAAAGAAACAGCAAUUGAUGGAGUCUUCUUUGUUGAUCCAGUUUGUGGUACAUCCUUUUCAUUAUCCUGGGUUUUCAACUUGGGUGACAGAAUCCAUGUCACAACACUUCACCUGCUAUGGCAAGGAAAAAGCUACACCUUUCAGGAGGGAGUCUCCAACCCUCAGAUUGAAGAAGGUCUAGAUCCCCCCUUCUCUGCCACAUGGCAAACCUUCAAACACUCCUUGUGCAAUCUGACACCUGCUGAAAGAGUCAUGAAGAGCAGAAAGGCCUACAUUGCCAGAAUAUCUCCAGAUGGCCAAGUCAUGGUGUUGGCCAUGAAUCAGAAGUUUGCUGCACACAACAGAGUCAUGUUUUACUCACUGUCACAGACUGCCGUGGCUGUGAUUGCUGACUUGAAGGACUGUGGAGCCAAAAAGAAUGUUAAUGGCCAUUCACCUGUUGGGAAAUCUUGGUGGAUUGCAGACAUGGCUUGGACCAGAGACAGCCUUCUGGUGCUCUGUAUCACGCGCCGUGGCUCUGUAGCUGUUUUAAGUAAGCUUGGAGAACCUCUAGAGAUUUGUACAGAAGGUUGUUCUUUGCAUACAGGUCCUUCUCUGUUUCUUCCUCUCCACCCCAAGAUAACAUUUCAGAAGUCCGCAAAUGGUUUUCAUUCAGACUCCUCAGAGUCCUGUACUUCAGAAAAGGAUCCUCUCUCCCAGAGGUUCUCUGUGUCUGUCCAUCCUCACCUGCCUGUUGUUUUGAGCUCCGAUGGUUACCUGGUAACAGUGAUGCAGCUGCCGUCUCUCGCCAGUUACCAUGGCAUUAUGACAAGCUUCAUGAGAGACAUCACAAGACUAGUUCCAGACCUUGAUGUAGAGCUUCAACCGGGCACUUUGUCCCGCGUGUCAUCUGUGAGUAGAAUCAGCAUUCUGCAAUCAGAAGUGAACGCAACCCGUGGAAUGGCUUCUACAGAGCUUUUAUCAGAUGCUCCAAGUGAAAAUAAUUCGUCUGGGUCAUCUUCUGUUGUCCCAGGUUAUGGCCUUGCAACUGGAGAUCAAGGUAUGAGUUUCUUUGGACUCCAUGACCCAGAACUCGACAGCUCCCCUCCAGAAUACACACCUGGAAGCCUAGACGCUAUCUCUCGUGCCCAGAGCCUCUCCAUCAUUGCUCUUGCUCUGGGGUCCGCUUGUGGGAUGAAUUGGAAACAAGACGUUGGCCCUGCAAUGGACCUCACAGUCAACGUUGUGAUAAAAUUCUUUCAAUUUCUUCUUCGAAAUUCGGACCGCAUUCCACAAUCGCUUCGUUCGGCUAGGGCGCUUUCAUCUUCUCCUGGUGAUUUAUCAAAACGGCGAAGUCCCAGCCCAGUUUUAGACUCCCAGCUUUCCAAGGCGUUGCUGUAUUUUCGGACAGCGUUGGAAGUUUUCCAGUGGGAUGCCACACACAGAAACGUAUUCUCGUGGGCCUUCCAUCUCACUCAUGGCAUCGUGAAAGAAAUUCUACUCUUAAGAGACUCGAGCGUUGUUUACAGAGUUAGCAAUUCCAUGAGAGUGUUGAGGUUAGCCGAGCGUUUGCUUAAUCUAUCGUACUCGUCAAGCAGUGAAAAAGUAUCGGAUUUGCCCAUCAAUCGAUCUGCUCAGGAAAGUCAGGUUAAUCUCGGAGCUGAUUUGAAGAGGAUACAGGAUGAUGUCAAUAAAGCAGCUGAAUCACAAGGAACUGCUGCUUUGACGGGAAAUGAUGGCAGCAUUUCAAAUUUAGACGCGCAUCAGCGAACUGUGUGUCAGACGCAUCUCACUGGGUCGUGGCUUUUGCUGUAUAAAUUCACCUCCGACGUGUGCAAGAAGAUGCAGAAGCGCCGGACUUCGUUGUUCUCGGCGCAAGAAGGAGAAACCAGAGGAAGCAUUGAAACACAAAUGGUCGAGCUGCUAUGUAAGAUUCAGGAAAAACUUCAACUGUUGGAUGUCAGAAUCCCAAGUGAUUAUACCACAAAGCCAGAGAAUUUCGAAGAUGUCAGCGCUUAUUUAGAUGGCAGCUUUCAAAACUUAUCGCAAGAGGGGCUUCAGGAUUCUUUGUUUUCAAGGCGGCGGUCAAGCGUACAGGGAGGGACAAGCCAAGAGUAUAAUCCCGAAAAGUCCCGUAAGUAUGAGUCACCCUAUAGAGAAAGCACUGAAAGUCUUAAUUCCCCCGCACGGCUGUAUACCACAGGAAGCCCAAGUGGCAAUGUGACUGAACAGGACUCCAAGACUCUUUUGUCGAUUCUCUAUAUUCAGCUUCAGCAGUACGAUCUUAGGUCUGCUCUUGAUCUUGCCUACUCAUUACUCGAACCGUCGCUUUCGUGCGAUGAAUUUCAAAACAGUGCACACUUUUCUCUGCUUCCCAGCGCGCCAAGCUCGUUUCAAAGGAGUAGCCAUCAUCCAAAUUCAAAUCAACUCAUGGAGGUUCUACUUCAAAACUAUCCUGUUGCACGAGUCGCGGAUAACAGAGGUAUCAAAGUGGUGCAAACGCUUGCAAGGUUCAUGUCGGCUUAUUUUUCAAAUCUUUCUCUCUAUGUUUAUCCUCCCUACCAACCGACUGAGCUUCCACCAUUCCAUGAACUUUCUUUCGAUAAAAACACGAAUGAAGAUUCUGAAGACCGUUCUCAAGUAACGGAACGUAUUGGGCUUGAUAGGGCCAAAGUAGCACAAGCUGUGCGAGACCAGGGUGUUUAUGAGCUUUGGAGUGCCAACAGCACCGUAGAACUGUUGCUUGUAUCAGGGCUUAUAUUGGAAGCAGCCUGGUUAGCUAAGAAUUUGGGUGACUGGAAAAACGCGUUGUUGUUGUCUUUCGCAAGCCAAGUCGUGACUUCUAGAUUAUCCGAAAGUGAGACACAUCAACAAAGUCAACGUAUGUUCCCUCAACCACCGAAAGAGAUCACUACUCACGCCAUUGCAUUUUCAAGACUGAGUCCUUCGUUCAAGCAAACUAUUUCAGCCGCUGAAGAGCGAGCAGAUAGCUUGGCCGAAGAAAAGCCAGCUCUUCAUUCUUCGAAGGGUCAAAGGUCAAUUAAGCACGUUGUGGUGGAUGUCGGAACAGAGGCGGAUGACAAACUUGUGAAAGAAGUUUCUCGGGUUUUUGAGGCGGGACUGGUGGCGAAUCUCGACUUAGUGCCGUUAAUUUUCACUGGUUUGGUGAGCCAGUUGAAGAAUAUGACGUCAAUGUUUGAGUGGAUUGUACCCGAGGAAUUCUAUCUGCCCUUUCCACCGUCUUUCUGUCCACAACCGAUGAAUGCCAAGAAGGAAACUUUGUCACCUCUAGCAGAAAAAGAAGAGAGGCUCCGCUCUGAAGUGGCCAACAUUGUACAGAAGAUCUUUCUUCUGCUCAAAGCUUCUAACUGUUUGGUUCCAUGCGUGAGGUGGUACACAGAACAGCUUGUCAGCACGUCAGAGAACUGGUACAAUGUGAUAAGAACUGAUGCAGACUUUCCAGUACCUUCUUCAUUGGCUGGGUAUGCUGAUCGUGGAUUUAGUUUCCGUGACAUUGAAGCAGACAAAUCCAGUCAUGUGUCUCCGAAGAAAAAAGGGAAAAGAAAGCCUGAGGCAGCCUCCAGUGAAGAACAAAGGAGAACUUAUUAUAAACCGCCAUCUUCGAUUGGAGGUGCGCAGUGCGGUUUUCGUGAUUUCUGUGCGAUUAUGUGGCUAUUACACGCACGGGAUAAGAUGAGCAAAUCAUCCAGGAAAUUCAGAGAGCUAAGGAGCCAGUCUACAGGUAGUGAGGAGGAGGCCACAACAAUCCAUUCAAUUUGUUGGGAGACCCUGCUGUGGACCACGAGAUUAGCUCCCUUCAGCUCUUUACUUGGAGCCACAGACAAGAUCAUCGACACUUUGCUGACCUUGUUGUCGGAGCUGCCUCCUAGUACAGCAACAGCAGAACUUACAGCUCAGUUCUUCAACAACCCAGACGUGGUCCAGACAGCGAGUGGAAGAGCAAAGCUGAAGCGCCUCAUGGCCCAGUUUAGAGGAGUCACUGUGGGAGAAGACAACGACACAGACCGCCAAGACGAACCCCUGUCAGUUUUUUAUCGUAAGAAGUGCAUGGAUUGGGAAGAAGAAAUGGAUGAAAGAGAAAAACUCUUCGGCAAGGUUUGUGAUCAGUUUUUCGACAUUAAGGAGGCUUCCGGGAACAAAUCAGCCGAUGAUGAAGUAGAAGCCAUAAUGCAUGAUGGUGGAGGUUUGGCAGUUGGAACGGCCUUGUUUGAGACGCAGCCAUCUUAUUUUCAGUUUCUGGAUACUUUUUUCAUGAUAACUGUGUCCAAAACUGUGAUGACUUAUCAUAGUAAGGCAACAUAUCCCGUGCCACUGUUGUCCUCCUACAACAAACAGCUGUUAGUUUCAGACACUAAGUCACUUUCGGUGCUGCAACAGAAGACACACAAUGAUACCCCAGCCAGACCCAUCAAGGGCCCCUCUAGUCUUUUCAGAAGUCAAAGCUUUACAGAUGUGCGUUCCUCCAGACCCAAACCAGUGACCACAACCUCAACUAUGGGGUCUGAAACGGAGAUAAAACGCAGCAGUAGCUUAAAUGAUGUAGCUAGCUUGGGCUUCCUCCCUGGGAUUCGGACCCUUGGGAGUCAGCUACUUGAGCUUCUUCCUAGUCUGACCUGGCUCAGUCGCUGGACCAUGGAAGGUUCAUCUUUACCUUCGAGUAACUUCAAUCGCAGCGCUCCUGGUGGCACCGAGUCGCUUCCAGUGAUGCGGGUUAAUGUCUCGCUUCCACUUCUGGUGAAUAGUUUAUGGUGUUUGCAAAAUGUUUAUUGGCCAUGGAUGUUGGAUACAGAGGUCAUAGUUGAUAUCAAGGUCAAAAGACCAAAGAUUUCUCCGCAGAAACAACCAAUACGUGACGUUAGAGAGCGCUCGCCUGUUUCAACAGACGUAGCCACGCCACCAAGACCCUUACGGAAAGUUCUAAGUGACUCCAAUCUCCAAAGAUCUGAAAACAAUUCGGCGAAACGAAAUAGUAUUGCUGGUGAAGGAAGAGGGUUACAAGGCGAUUACGGUUAUCAGUCAACGCCGGAUAUGCUAAAACGAUCUCAAAGUGAUUUGAAGACUUCUACGCGGAGAGAAAAAACAGUGUCAAGUAGGGAAUUCCCAGCACAAGCCCAGAAAGAAGGGACAGAACUCUCAAGGCCACCUCGAAAGGAUUUUCAACGCAUUAGAAACCUUGAUCGCAUUCCCAAAUCGAACAGUGAACCAAACAUCCCGAAUAUUAUUAUACAUAGUCCCACAACGGACGAAGAAAAGGAUUUGAGUGGCGCGUAUAAAAAGCGACACUCGCUGCGAGUCAAUGGGAAAAGUGACUUCCCUGGUAGCCCGACGACUUAUCACUCUGAUCCAGAGUUAACUUCUUCUGUCAAACAAGUCGUAACUUCUACUCCUGCUAAGUCUAAACGUUCACGGAAAAGUAAAAGAAAGGAACACAAACAGGAAAAAAUGACGAAUGAAAGCGAUCAGCCUGGAAACAAAAGACGAGAGGAAGAUUUGGUUGAUUGGAAAAUACCAGAGCGCGAUGACAUAGCACAGAUACACCGACCAUCUUUAGCAGCUGAAGAAAAAUCAAUCCCCACCCAUCCCAUGAUUAGAACAGCUCCGUCACGUCAAGGAAAAAGAAAAAAGAAAUCUUCACGAGAGCAGAAAGAGCCGCAAGAUAUCGAUGGCGUGGUCACAAAGGACUUUGAUGGCGAGGUCCCUCAGGAAUUGGAUGACGUGGUCACUAAGGACGUGCAGCCAAGAAUCACAGUAGAUUCAAAUGAGAAGAGUCAGUCCUCGGCAAUGACGGUACCAGUGUCUCAAAGUCAGAUGGAACUGGUUCUUGUUGUGAGGCCUGGUGUUGGUAGUGAUGCUGGUGACACUGUGCAGGCUGGUAUGCCUGUUCUUCGUAUACCAACAAUGCUGGGGAACGUUCAAAGCUCAGAAUUAAACAUACCAACCCCCUCUGGCAACAAUGGACAAACAACCCGUGCGGAAACGGCGUCGCAAACGGAUCAUAAGGGAAUGACGUCAUCGGGCUCUCAAAUGCCAGUGCAUUCUGGGAUUUCAGCUGGGCAAGGUCACAUGCAUCGCGAAUCUGAUCAAAGUAUUGAUAAUCGUGUUGAUGUGCAGAUUGUGGCAAAAACCGCCUCGGUUCAAACUGAAUCAGGAGUGGAACCAAAACCGGAAGGUCCCUUGCCUUUAUUCCCUUUGUUACAACAGCAGCAAGCCUCUAUACUGCAGAAUCAACUUUACUACCCUACAAGCAAUCCGCAACCACCAACAUCACAGUAUCAAGAUCAAAAUAGAGCUUCUUUACCUUUGCUUCGUUUUCCAUUUUCUGACGCAUCUUGCAAACUUGACCUGAGCAAGAUGAGGCUUCUUGAAAUUCCAAAGCGAGGUACGGACCACUCUUUGUUGCAGUUACCCGAAUCAAAACCGUCAACAACUGAAUCUGGUAUCCCAGAUUUGAGCAAAAUCAAACUCUUGGAAUUUCAACCCAGGAGAGAACUUUGGAAGAGUACCGCCGAACCAAAAGGACAUGGCACUGCACCCAACAACUGGGCCUUACUACGUAUGCCUAAAAAUCAAGCAUCCUCAAAUGGAGUUGACUUAAGAAAAUUGAAACUUUUGGAAAAUCCGCCUACACUUCGUGAAGCAUGGCCGCUUUUAGAAGCUCCAAGGAAAGCGGAAACACCGAAGCUUAUUCCUUUAGAGAAAAUAUUAGCAUUUGAGAAGGAUCUGAGGGAAAAACUUGCACCAUUCAGCAAACGCACGCGUCACUGGCAAGAAAAGGAGAACAUCCAACCCAAUGAGGAAAAUAAACUGAGGCAACCUCAGAAGAUUGUUGAACAAGAAAACAGGAGAAAUACAGUUUCAAGACAAAGAAGAAGGCAGGCUUUGGAAAAGCCGACUAGACCUCGUUCUUCGUCUCCCGUUUUUAAAAGCAGGCCAGGAGGAAAACUUUCUCGCAACAAGUCCAUUCAGGGAAAGAUUAUAACAGUGCAACCCGUGAAAAGAGCAAGAAGAGUCGAUAAAGAACCUCCUAAGAGGCAAAAACCGGCGAAAGAACCAGCUUCUAAGAAACCAAAAUCAGCUAAAGAGCAAUCAGUACAGAAACCCAUUUCAAGGAAGGAUUCUAAAAAACAGGUUAGCUUGAGUGAGAGCGAGUUGGAAUUAUCCGAGAUUUCUGAUCAGGCUUGGGAUGUUUCUGAAGAAGAAAAGUAUUUCCGGGUUGAGAAAAGUCCAGAACCUUUUUCUUUCCGGGAGCACGGGGACCAAGGAAACAGGGGCGUAAAAAAGGGUAAAGAAAGAGGGGAGAAGGAAUCCAAGCCCGAAGGAUUCGGGGAAGAAAUACCAGGCCCCCCGUCUAUGCGGCAUAUGAAAGAAAGAAUUGGACGGAAGCUUCACGAAGUUGAUCAGCAAAUGUCUGCUUAUCGCAGUGGAAGUCCCAGUUGGAAGUCUCUUUUUGAAACUGCACGGCAGGAGACUGGUGAUGAACGACAAGGAACGAAGGCCUACGAACGUCGACAACCGCGGAGAACCAUUGGAAUUCAAGUUGACGAAGUUAGAAGAUCUCCCCAGGAUGAUCCCGUGGGUUUUCUUCAUCCGGGCAUGCUCGAUCGUGGUGCAACUAAUAUUUUGAAAGUUAGUUCCAGCUCGCAAACAGAGCAAGCUUCCGCGCAGCCGUUACCAAGGAGAGACUUGGUAACGUCUGGUAUUCAAACGGAUAAAGGGGGUGUUGAUUCGGAUCACGUGACAUCUCACGCACCUAUCUUGCCGCCAGACAUCUUUUUGAACCUUCAAAUGCCCAAACCUUAUCAAGAAAACCAAGUGGGUGUUGACGUGAUAGAUAGGUCUCGAGAUCUCCACCCAGUUGAUGAUGACGAAACUGUCAUUGACAAACCUCUCUCUAAGCGAGGAAUCGAUAAGGGAAGGGAGCCUGGUGAUGUUGCCCCUGCUGUUUCAAAGCUUACUGGGGUGUCCAGGGGGAGGCAGUUCCUUAGUGUAGCUGAUAUAGAUCAUGAUCAGUGGUUGGAAGUUCAGAGUACCCCUAUGACGUCUGCAAACGAAAUAGACCCGGAAAAAGAAGGAAAGGGAGAGGAAAUUGUUGAUCAGCAGGUUGAGCUUCCAUCGGAAAAAGUAUCAUCAGAAAAUCAAAGCUACCAAUCGGAAGAAGAGGAGUAUAAAGAUAAACAAGAGAACGUGAAGUAUACAGAGGGACCUGAUAAGCUUACAGUAGAAAUAAUGGACUCUACGGACGAUCCUGUGCAAAGAUUCUACCCGUCACCAUUUCCAGCAGCCUCUCGGUCAAGUGCGAGAGCAGUGUCUACACAAGUCCUUAACGAGAGAAUGAAGGAAAUGAGUGAGAGGAUUGAAGCAAUGGAUCAAAUCACACAGAACAUGGAUAGAGAGUUCAAAAGCUCGCGCGUACUUCUCUCUGCUAUUCAAAGUAUUGAUGAAGUACUUAAUCCAUCGUCAAGAGCAUCUUCUGCUGAAGUGAUGUCUUCAAGAGGAUCCGUUGGUUCGCGUAGGGAAAAGCCUCGGAGAUGGGGCGACACUGCUCCUUGGAGAAGGAAAAUAAAUGCUGCGGUUGGUAAACCACCAACUACAAUGGCGUCACAUUCUGAAGGUGUGGAAGACAGCAUAGAUGUCCAUGCAGACCCUGUAGAUAAGACCGAGGAUGUAGCUUCCGAAGCUGAUAUUAAGGAUGAAAAAGAAGACAUUGAGGAAAAACUUAGCAGUGGAGGAGAUGAACAGGAUGACCAGGAAGGCUUACGUCAGGAGGAACAAGGCGAAGAUUUGAUGGUCGCUUCUGGUGAAAGUGAAGAAAUCGCUUCAAAUCGAGAAGUGGAUGAUGAAUCCAAACUUGAGCAGAGUUUUCAACCUAAGGAAGGGGCAUCUGUCGAAAAGCGUGGAGUACCUUCAUCCAUGCCACGUGAUGAAACGAGGAAGGAAAAAGCCCGACCGUUGUCUCAGCUGGAGUCAUUGACAUUAUCACAAGAUAAACUGAGAGAGGUAUUCCAAGUUAAAGAUGCGACACGAAGUCGCAGGGACCCCAGCCCCGAUGCCAGGCAACACCUGAAAGAAUGGAUGAACCAAAAACGUUCAGAGAGAAAAGCGGAGUGGAGAGGUCGGCAGGAAGAGCUGAGAGCGCAGGAAUACCAACCAUUUUUGUCUCCCACUCAGGGCUCUACAAGUUUUAAAAAGAUUAAGUUGAUGGACAAGGAGAGAAGCGCGAAACGCAGGAAAAACGAAGACCAGUAUAAAAAACAAAGGAUCGAAUCGGCGUCCAAUCUUCUCUCUGAGAUGCUAGCCGAGCCAGUUCCCAAGCCGACGGAUCGUAAACCAAACCUUCGAUACGCAGGCAGCGUGAACACGCGCUACUCAACUUCACUUGCGGAGAAAAAGAAGCGGACAAGUGAUCGAUACAAAAAUUUACCGAAAGCAAAGUCUAGAGGUAAACGGGUGCGACAAGAUUUCGUGGAGAAACCAGUGAACAAGAAAGAAAAUCGUGUGCAGGAAAAACAAUCUCUCGUUCAUUCGCCGCAUCCUGAAGAGUUCUCGAGGAAAGCUCAGGUUUCAGUUAGAUCUCAAAAUACUUCUCGUCGUGAUUUUUUACAGACAAGCAGCCCAUCUGUUUCAGUUCAGGAAAACCUUUCGGAUCUGCUAGAAGGAAGUAUUGACGUUAAAAGUGGUAGAUUGGUCAAAGAAAAUCUACCUGCUGAGGACGAUUUUUGGCGCUCGAAUUCUCCGACUGGCGCCGAAUUUGUGACGAUACAAACGUAUCGGAGUUUCGCAAAGAAUCAACCAAAGAGGGUUAAAGCUAGAGAAGCAUCUAGGCGCAAGCUUCCCCUUGAGGGGAUAGGUGGGUAUGGCUUUUCGCAUCAGCCUCGAGGCACAGAUCACUUGGGAAGAACUUUCUCCAGGACACGCCAGACUGACCAUCUCCUCCCUGGGGUUAGAACGUUAGCCGAGAUAGAUCGUCUAAUAGAAGACAUUCCAGAUGAUGGCUCCACCAUGGAUCACGAGAGGCUUGAGGGAAUCGAAAGCUUGCUAGAAGGUGAUGAUGAACUGAGGGAGUUGUUGUCCGAUGUUAACUGGCGCGCUGAUGCUAAGCCUCAGAGGAGUGAUUUCGCAAGACCGACCCGAGGGUAUUCCGGCAUCGAAAAAGAUAACUGGCGAAGUAGUGAAUAUCAGAUCGACACACCUCGGAAUACUGAGCCUGCGGUUCCCACCGGCGGAAGAACAUUGUCAGAAUUUGAUGAUGACGUCAGCCCGUGGAAUACUAGAGAGAGCAUGCGCACGUCCGAGGAUGUUGCACAGCUCUUGGCCGAAGUGGACGAGGCCGUGGGAAAUAUGUCGGAGAGUAGUGGCAGUCUCAGAAGUCACAUUGAUUGGGAAGAAGUGGACAAAAUCAUGGAGGAAACGUAAAACUUGAGAGAAAUGUACCUUUGCAGAAUGUAAGGAAAAUUCGUAAGAUAAUAGCCACAAAUAUUUUGCUAGAACAUACCAAAAAAACCAAAUAGAUGUGGAAAAUAAGUGUUGUCUUUGCUUUCUGUAACACAAAAGUCGUAAGCAAGGAAUGAGUACUGAAUGCGCAUAUUUAUGGUAUGACUAUUUAAUUAUGGAAAGCCAUGAGAUGAUUGUAGGUGGCAAUCUCUUGGAAAGGCGCAAUGUUUACAUUUUCCGUUCGCCCGGCCAAACAAAUCGCUACAGACAAGAACUAAUGCACGUGAUAACCCCAAAUCCAAGGACAUUUUAUUUCAAAAGUGGAAAGACAAGACUUGAUCAUGAUCAAGUAAUUUAGUAUUCAGUAUUAAAAGCCAAACCAGCAAUAAAUAAUUAUUUGCUGAGACCAUUCCAUUAAAAAAAUUAUAUGAUUAAAGAAGUCAAGAACAACUAUGUUGUUAAGUUUCAAAACAGCAAAAUUUUAACUAUGCUGACAUUUCCAUCGCACAAAUGAUUUUAAAAAUAUCAAGUUCGCAGUAGUUCAUUGCAAUAAUGCGUCACCAAAGUUUUCAACUGGUCCGCAAAUUGUUGAAAACUAUCAAGUCUGAACUAGGUUUACUUAGAAAUAUCUCUUGUGAAUUCAUUCCAGAAUGUCAUAGCAAAUAUUAUCGCUGCUGAAUCUCAGCUGCAGGAAUGAGUCCAUCCAUACUGGGUCAUGUGUGGCAGUUUGCUUCAAGCGUUUUGCAUUAGAAUGCAGUAGUCUUUUCAAUAGAACUUGACCCUACAAAAGAGGAAAUAUCGUUUCAUAGGUUAUACUAAGUGCAGGGGCGGAGGAGACUGGGGGAUAAAGCUAAGCAAUACUAUGACCUUUGUUGAAAGGCAGCAAGAUAUGCUUUAAUUCGCGUAGCUUCAGAGGCUUAUCCCGAUUUUUGUAAAUGAAUGAUUUCUUAGAGUAUUGCUACGCUUUCAUUAUGGCAUGACAGUUUAAUUAGGGUCUUUACCCGGAGAUAUGCUUAGAUUUCCUUGACAUUUUUCCGGCUUGGUAACCAUCCUGAUGGGCAGGCACUAAGAGAGUUACGUUACUUGCCCAGUAGCAUAACACUCGGCCAGGUUCGAACACAAGACUUUUGACACGAAGGGUUAAAUGCUAACGAGAAAAAAAAAACAGCUAUUCUCCCUUCAGCUAUUCAAAUUCAGAGUUGAAACCACGGCACACUUAAUUUGUUUCAGUUUGUUACCUCUUUUGUGACCUGCACCAUGGGACUUUCCUUUCUGCCCGCCAUCACUUGUUGUAAAAGCUCUUUGUAUUUUAAAGUAGUAGCUGUAGUAGCAGUUCCGUUGCCCUCUAAGGGAAAGGGUAUCUCUCUAUGGUCACAGAAGAGAACUUUCGCCAGUGGGACCUGUUGGUGACAGUAAAUGUUUUGCACGACAAUGGUGAAGUUUGGCGGACAAUCUUCUCCUGCAUCACGUGGCUCGUGAAUUGUGAAACAAUUAUUUUCCUACAGAUUGAGACCAAAGCAAAGACUUGAAAUCACGUUUGAUAGGUGUACAAGAGGAAAUAAUGGGGGCAUUAUUUUCUCUGGUAGUGUAUUGUCGGCCUUCACACGCACAUAUCCGACUAUUGUCCAAUAAGUCAUUAGUUUAGGUCAGGGUAUUAUGGACAACAUGGCUUUUCCUAUUUGCAUUCACAGAGCUUCGGGAGGAGUGAUUGCUGGUUAACAGUGGUAUUCAAAAACCACGAAAAUUAGGAAAAUGUUCUUAUUUAAUUUAUGAGCAAUAGGAAAAAAAAAAGUAAUUUGUGAUAUAUACGAAUUUUGGGAGAAUAAAUGUGUUGUGUGUACUCAUGCAAAAACCUGGGUAAGUUCAGGUUUUAGAUCCCUGGUUCCCUAGACCAGACUUCGAGCGAUU